UACUUGUUGAGCGCAGUUUAUCUGUAAAGUAGAUAGGCUACGUUUGUGUGCAAUGCUUUGGUGAAGUGUGGAUCUCACGGUAAAAUAGGAAAACGGGUCUGUAAGCAACUGAAUUGAUUUCACGCGGAACUCUUUUUCCUGGGCGUGCACAAUGGCUUCAGCAUGGGAGAAACUUGAAUCGUUUCAUCGGUGGACUUUGGAGAAUGGAGAUAAAAGGACAGAUCCGUGGCUGCUGGUGUAUUCUCCUAUGCCAGUCAUCUGCAUAUUUCUCUUAUAUCUCGGUGUGAUAUGGAUUGGACCCAGGCUGAUGAAGAACAGAGAGCCUGUUGAUCUCAAAGCUGUCCUCAUUGUCUACAAUUUUGCAAUGGUGCUUCUGUCUGUUUAUAUGUUUCACGAGUUUCUGAUGUCAUCCUGGUUAGCUAACUAUAGCUACCUCUGUCAACCAGUAGACUACAGCACCAAUCCUCUGGCAAUGCGGAUGGCCAGUGUGUGCUGGUGGUUCUUCUUCUCCAAAGUCAUCGAGCUUAGUGACACGAUCUUUUUCAUCUUGAGGAAAAAGAACAACCAGCUAACCUUCCUGCAUGUAUAUCACCAUGGCACGAUGAUCUUCAACUGGUGGGCUGGGGUAAAGUAUCUUGCUGGUGGGCAAUCUUUCUUCAUAGGUCUUCUGAACACCUUUGUGCACAUUGUGAUGUACUCCUACUAUGGCCUGGCUGCGCUGGGACCUCAUAUGCAGAAGUACCUGUGGUGGAAGCGAUAUCUCACAUCACUACAGCUGCUGCAGUUUGUCCUGUUGACCAUCCACACCACCUACAACCUGUAUGCGGACUGUGAUUUCCCCGACGCCAUGAAUAUAGUCGUGUGCACGUACCUGCUGAGUCUCAUCGUGCUUUUCAGUAACUUCUACUACCAGAGCUACGUCACUCGGAAGAGCAAGAAGUCAUAGUGGACACAGUGUGAAAGAUGGCCCACUCUGCUAAACCUCUUUACAAGAGGAACUAUGAAGCCUUUCACAACAAUUGUGAGGACAUUAUUACUGUACUGAAUCUCUUUCCUGACAUGUUUACAAUGACUCUCUGAUUUUAUUAAAGAAACAACACAAUUGGCGUCA